AUGAUCAAAGAGGAUCUGCGACUGGCGACUCGCGAAUUGGAGACUGCCAAAGACAGGGAACGACGGUCGGCGAAGAAGUUGGAAGAGAGCGAGAGGGAGGUCGAGAGUCUGAAGGAGUGGUUGAACGUAACGGAGAAGAAUCACGAAGCGAACCUUCGCGAGUUUUGUUCUUCCGCCGAGUCCGACAAGGCGAAGGCGAUCUCAGAUCUGGAAACGGCCAAGGCCGAUCACACAGACAGGACCGAUAUUCUCCGGACGGAGAUUGCCGAUUUUAAGGAAAAGCUGGCCGAGGCCACCCGAAAGGAGUCUUUGCUGAUCAAGGAUGUCAAGAAAUUAACCGCCCUGACAGAUGAUAACGAAAAGGAGAGUAGGAGGAUGGAAAAGCAGCUUUCCGAUAAAGAUCGCUCGGCUAUCGAUUUGCGGAACGAGAUCGACACCCUGGAAGAGAAAAUGAAACGGAACGAAAGUGAGAUUGACGAUCAAAUGACGGCCUACAAAGAAGAGAUUGAAAGAAACGUGAAGAGGAUGAAAGAGUUGGACGCUACGAUCGCGAAGAAGAUUCGAGAGGCGGCCGGUCUCGAAGUCGAGAUCGCCGUCCUCAAAGAAGGGAAGGAACUUGACGGACGGAAAAUAAAAUGGUUGGGGGUGCAGGUCGCUAACAAGGGACGCGAGGCGACCGCUCUCAAAGACGAUAUAGCCGCAUUGCAAACGGACCUCUCGAGAGCGCGCGAAGAAUGCGCGGACGACCGGAGUACCGAACUUUCCGUCAUUCUAGAAAAGACGAAAGACGAACUGCGACGGACGUCUCGCGAUCUGGCGGCCGCCAAGGAAGCCGAGAUCAGGCUGAAGGCGAACCACGAAAACAUCGAGAAGGAGAUCCCGCAGUGGAAGCAAUGGGUCGAAGAAUUGGAAAAGGCACGAGACGAAUCUCACGAAUCCCACGCCAAGGAACUCGGAUCGCUUCGUGACGAUCUCGAGAGGGAGAAAUCGGACGCUGAAACGAAACUUGCAACGGCGAAGGCGAGCCACUCGGACGAUAUCGAAAAUCUUCGAACGCAGAUAUCUUUCCUUAAAGAAAAGGAAUCAAAAUUGAGAAGAGACACUG